AUGGGCAGAGAAGACGUCGAGUUCAAGACCUCGGACCGGGUUACCUUGAGGGGGUGGUUCUACACCAGCAACGACGCGGGUUCCGGCAAGGCACCAUGUCUCGUCAUGUCUCACGGCUUUUCGGCCCUCAAGGAAAUGGACCUUGACGCCUUUGCCGAAUACUUCGUGUCGAAACUGCCCAUUGGGGUGCUGGUCUACGACAAUCGAGGCUUCGGCGACAGUGAUACCGCUCCUGGAGAACCGAUCCAUGAGAUCGUCCCGAUGGUCCAGUGCAGCGACAUCUCCGACGCCAUCACGUAUGCGGCCUCGAGGCCUGACGUUGACCCGGAUAAGAUUGCAAUCUGGGGUUCGUCAUACAGUGGCGGCCACGUGCUAUAUGUCGGGGCGGUGGAUCGAAGAGUCAAGGCCGUGCUCAGUCAGGUCCCCUGUGUCAGUGGAUGGGACAACUUCAAUCGACUCGUCCGUCCGGACUUUGCCGUGGGCUUCAAUGCCACCUUCGCUGCAGAUAGGGCUGCUCGAGCUGAGGGCAAGGAGCCGGGUUAUGUCCCUGUCGUGGAUGCCGACCCUCAGAAGCCUUCUGCUCUGCCCACCCCAGACAGCUACGAGUUCUUCUCGUCUUGGGAGAAGAAGUCUAACUGGAAGAACGAUGUCACGGUCAAGACGAUCGAGCUCUUCCGUGCAUAUGAGCCUCAACAACUCAUUGACAAGAUCUCGCCAACACCUCUCCUCAUGACGGUGGCACGCGGAGAUGUGCUCACACCAGCGGACCUCGCUCUCGGUGCGUAUGCCCGAGCGAAUGAGCCAAAGCAAUUGCAAACGUUGCCUUGUGGUCACUUUGAGGCAUAUUCUGGCCCUUACUUUGAAAGGAACGCGGGCACCCAGGCUGAAUUCCUCAAGAAGUGGUUGGUCGAGGGCGGAUAG